AGGCAAAACUUCUGAGAAGUCAGCCUGCUCAAAUUGUGGAACCCAAAGGUCUUCUAUAUGUCCAGCAGAGAGAGUUUGCAGUGACUACCCCUAAAGAUGGCUCUGUUUCCAUUCUUGGAUCGGAAGAUGCAACCACCUGUCACAUAGUUGUGCUCCGACACACAGGCAGUGGCGCUACCUGCCUGACGCACUGUGACGGAUCGGACACAGAAGCUGAGGUCUCGCUCAUCAUGAGCUCAGUAAAAUCAUUCUCCAGCACCACGGGGUAUGGAAGGCUGGAAGUGCACCUAGUUGGAGGUUUCAAUGAUGAUAGGCAGUUAUCACAAAAACUUACUAAUCAGCUUCUUAGAGCAUUCGAUCUCCAGCCCGACGAUGUCCAUUUAGUGACCUUCUGUGUAACAGAAUUAAAUGACAGAGAAGAAAAGGAUAUUCACUUCCCAAUCAUUUAUGGAAUAGCUGUGAAUGUUAAAACAGCAGAGAUCUUCCCUGCAACCUUCCCAGAAAAAGGGCCGGAUGAGGAUUUGCGUUCAGCCCAUGUUUUAACAGGAGCAACACUGACUAACAUCUAUGAUGCUAAGACGGAACAGCUACAUAUCGGGCCCUAUUUCUGGAGGCCUUUCCCACAUGUCGACUUCUGGCUGGAACAAGAUGAUCAACAGAUUUUACAGAAUCUUUCCACAUCGCCCCUGGCUGAACCACCCCACUUUGUUUCCCACAUUAGAUCCACAUUAACAUUUUUAAAAGAGCAUCCGUUUCCGUCUCGCUCCCUGUUUCCUGACAGGAAACCUCGCAUCUACAAAAAAAAUGAAGAAGGGCUGUGGGAACAGGUUUGUUCUAACAAGAUCUAACCUGGAACCAAACACCAUGGCUGCUUUAGGGAAGUCUAGUCUUGCAAGACAACUGGACUUUUUUAUUGGUUGUAAAAAGCAUACUGCUGGUGACAAAUGCCAUUGUUCCCGUGCUUUUCAAAAUAAAAUAUUUUGACAGAAG